UAUGCAGGUUGUUAUGGAUGUGGUAAAUGUUAUUUGAUAACUCUACAUCAUUUCAGAAUUACAAAAUAAGUGACAUUAAUCACCAACAUUGGAGCAACUUAUUCAGCUACCAUGGAACCUCUGACAAAGAAGGCAAGGAUAGAGGGAAUAACGUCCAACGACAAGAGGGAUAAAGUGAUUGCUGUGUUGGAGAAUCUAGUUUUGAGUGAUGGCGAUGUCCACAGGAUCAUGGAGGUGAUGGAACAACAGAUAGACUUUGCCAACAGUCAACAAGAGGAGGACAGGAAACGAUCGGAUCUAUUCUGGGAGUUUACAUAUGUCCAAGGGCUCCUCAAGGGAGAUGAGAAAGGAGACUAUCUAGGACUGGAUUUAGGCGGUACUAAUUUUCGAGUGGUGAGAGUUACUUUCAAUGAGGGUAAGGCUGAAACAACCACCAAGUACUACAACCUUUCACAGGAACUCCUGUCCGGCCCAGCUGAAGGGGUUUUUGACCACAUUGCUAAUAGUAUUGAGAAGUUCAUUAAUGAAGAAAAGAUGUCUUCAGACACUGCCAUUCCACUUGGAUUCACAUUUUCCUUCCCUUCCAUCCAGAAAAGCCUCAAGCACAGUGUCCUUAUCACAUGGACCAAGAGUUUCAAGUGUACCACAGGACUUGGGGAGGAUCCUGUAGACAUGUUAGAGGCUGCCAUACAGAGGAGAGGGGGCCUGUCUGUACCUGUUGAUGUUGUGGCCAGGAUCAGUGACACGACGGGAACAUUAAUGGCUGGCAGCUAUCUGGAUAAGAGCUGUCGUAUCGGCCUCAUCAUUGGUUCUGGAUCCAAUGCAUGUUUUGUUGAACAAGCCAAAAACUUCAAGAAAUUUGAAGAUGGAGUGAAAACAUCCAACCAGAUUGUGGUGAAUACUGAAUGGGGAGCCUUUGGGGAUAAUGGCUGCCUAGAUUUCUUCAAGACAGACUUUGACAAGGAAGUGGACAGAACUUCUAACCACGUCAACUCCUUCACAUUCGAGAAAAUGUUUAGUGGAUGCUACCUGGGUGAACUUGUCCGUUUAGUGUUGGUGAAACUGACCAAUGAGGGCCUACUGUUUAAAGGUGAAGGGUCAACCAAACUCAUGGAGAUGGGAAGUUUGCCAACCUCCUAUGUUACAGAGGUGGAGAGUGAUGGUCCAGAGGAGACCAGCCACACCACUGGGGUGCUACAGAGUCUGGACCUGACAGCAGAUACAGAGGAUAUAGCCCUUGUUCAGGCUGUAUGUGGCCUUGUGUCUCAACGUGGAGCAUAUGUUGUAUCAGCAGCAUGUGCUGUUCUGUUGAACCAUAUUGAUCUCCCUGAAGUCACCAUAGGGAUUGAUGGCUCUGUGUACGAACACCAUCCUCGUUUCCAUGGUUACAUGAUGGAGCUGCUGGAAAAACUUGUGCCAGGAACAAAGGUGAAAAUCAUUCUGGUCAAGGAUGGCAGUGGUCAAGGAGGAGCGUUUGUAGCUGCUGUAGGGUCAAGGUCAUGACCUUGUCAUGUGAUGAUAGAUUUUGAUUUAUAUAGAAAAAAUUACAACAUAGAUCAAAAUUAUCACUGUCUUAGACAUAAAACGACAAAAGACAUACAGAUUAAAAAACUAGUAACACAGACACAGAACUAGUAACAUAGACACACAGAACUAGUAACACACAGAUCUAGUAACACAAACACAUAACUAGUAACAUAGACACACAGAACUAGUAACACACAGAUUUAGUAACACAGACACAGAACUAGUAACACUGACACAGAACUAGUAACAUAGACACAGAGAACUGAUAACAGACACAGAGAACUGAUAACAGACACAGAACUAGUAAUAUAGACACAGAGAACUAGUAACAUAGACACAGAGAACUAGAAACGUAGGCACAGAGAACUAGUAACAUAGACACAGAUCUAGUAACAUAGACACAGAUAACUAGUAAUGUAGACACAGAACUAGUAACAUAGACACAGAACUAGUAACAUAGAUACAGAGAACUAGUAGCAUAGAAACAGAGAACUAGUAACAUAGACACAGAGAACUAGUAACAUAGACACAGAACUAGUAACUUAGACACAGAGAACUAGUAACAUAGACACAGAGAACUAGUAACAUAGA